CCUCGCUAGUUUUCCAAGAACUCCAAUAUCUUUGAUUUUUUCUUUUGAGAUUCUUGUUUGUUUCUCGAGAAAGUUGUAUUCUAUUACCUUCUGUUUUGAUCCUUCGCUUCCAAGUUCUCUGGUUCAGUCUGAUUUACCUUUCUCUAACUCCUAGGAGGUUAAUGGCGCAAUUCCAAAAUGACGACCUCGAAUAUGUCGUAGAUGACUACUUCGACAUGGCCAGUUUCGAAGACGGCGACGAUCCUUUCGCUGAAAACCAGCCUCAGAGGAACAACGAUUUCGAAUCGCCGGACUCUGACUUUGAAGACGACUUUGAAAUGAGCAAGCCAAAGACGGAUACCUCUGCUGUGGAAGCUAGGAAUGGGAAAGACAUACAAGGAAUACCGUGGGAGAGGCUUAAUUAUUCCAGAGAUAAUUACCGCGAGAGGCGAUUGAAGCAAUACAAGAACUACGAGAACCUCUCUCGCUCCCGGGAGGAGCUCGAUAAGGACUGCUUGCAAGUAGAGAAGAGGAAGAUCUUCUAUGACUUCCAGUUCAAUACGAGGCUUGUCAAAUCAACAAUAGUGCAUUUUCAGCUGAGGAAUUUGUUAUGGGCGACAUCAAAGCAUGAUGUAUACCUGAUGCAGAACUAUUCAGUGAUGCAUUGGUCCUCUUUGCAGAGGAGGGGCAAAGAAGUGCUCAAUGUUGCAAGACCAAUUGUUCCUUCACUGAAAAGUCCUGGAUUGUUGCCCCCGUCACUCUCAAGGGUGCAGAUAAGCACCAUGGCUGUUAAGGAGAAUUUACUGGUGGCUGGCGGAUUUCAGGGGGAACUAAUUUGCAAGUACUUGAAUCAACCUGGAGUUGCAUUCUGCACAAAAGUUACAACGGAUGAGAAUGCCAUCACCAAUGCAGUGGAUGUUUUCCGUCACCCCAAUGGCUCAAUGAGGGUUAUGACUGCGAACAACGAUGCUCAAGUCAGGGUUUUUGAUGCUGAGAAUUUUGCUUUACUAAGCCUCUUCUCCUACGACUGGUCUGUAAAUAACGCCUCUGUUAGCCCAGAUGGUAAGUUGCUUGCAGUUCUUGGUGACAAUGUUGAGUGCUUGAUUGCUGAUGCUCAGUCUGGAAAAGUCAUUGAGAACCUCAAAGGGCAUCUGGACUAUUCGUUUGCCUCUGCUUGGCACCCAGAUGGACGAAUUUUGGCUACUGGGAACCAAGACACUACCUGCAGGCUGUGGGACAUAAGGAAUCUGUCCAAGUCCUUAGCUGUACUAAAGGGAAGGAUGGGGGCAAUAAGAGGUCUAAAGUUCAGCUCUGAUGGCCGGUUUAUGGCUAUGGCUGAGCCAGCGGAUUUCGUGCAUAUCUUUGACACCGAGUCUGGAUAUCUUCAUGGGCAGGAGAUUGAUCUAUUUGGGGAGAUUGCUGGAGUAUCUUUUAGCCCAGACAGUGAAGCUCUUUUUGUAGGCGUCUCUGAUCGAACCUACGGCAGCUUAUUAGAGUUCAACAGGAGGCAUUAUAACCAAUAUAUAGACUCCUUCUAGUGGCUGCCAAUCCUAACCAGUCCACCAAAGUAGAAGAUGGGUGUGCAUAUAUAUAUUUUGCAGAGGUUUUUGGGUGUUUGAAGUUAAAAAGAGUCUUGGAAUCCCUUGGUAUAUUGAGAUUCCCCACCUGCUAUUGGGGAGCAGGUUAUAGAUUUUUGUGGCUCGCAGAAAUUGGAAGAUAAAUUUUGCCCAUGUAAAGCGUUUUGCGAUUGCUCUGUAUAGUGGUAGUCGUAGUAAUGGUUAAUUCAAUUUAUCAAACUGUUUUUUAUCCUUUUCCUUGUAGUUGCUUUCCUUUUAGUGUUAUUAUCGAUCAUCAAAGAAGACAGCAGAAGCAAAUGCUUUUGUUUUUAUCAUAACGUACUUUUAAGAAAUAUGUGAUUUCGUUUUGCUC